UUUAUUUAUCAGGGUUGUGUGCGCUGUCAGAAUCGAUGAAUGAUGAAUCUUUCCUCCCAGAUACAGCCAUCUCUCUCAAUCCCCCAGUUGGCAAUCCAGGAGACAUCAGACCAGAUGUUGGAUGGAUAACUAAUUCCAAUAAGAAUAGGACUAUCACCUUAGAUAUUGGCCCCAACCUAGAUUUUGGCGCUAUAAUUCGCCUUGUUCAACACAAAAAUGUGAAAUCCUAUACCGUUUUCACAUCACAUCCUUCAGCAAAAACACAAAUCGAGGAAUCCACUCCAGGUCAAACAGUUUCCAUUCAACAGCAUAAUGGUCAAACCACGGUGCAAAUUGAGCUUUCUCCAAUCCAUCCAACACAAGACAUGGUGGUAUCUAUCUCUGCAAAAUUCUGUAAACAUCCUAUAUCAACAACAGCAGCACCAGCCACUUCAGCAACUGCAUCAACUCUACCAACCACUCGUCCACCAACUGCCUCCACUGCCAUGGCAACUACAGAACUUGUUCCAAGCCCAACAACCCCUCGUCAAUGGGUGUGUGCGCUGUCAGAAUCGAUGAAUGAUGAAUCUUUCCUCCCAGAUACAGCCAUCUCUCUCAAUCCCCCAGUUGGCAAUCCAGGAGACAUCAGACCAGAUGUUGGAUGGAUAACUAAUUCCAAUAAGAAUAGGACUAUCACCUUAGAUAUUGGCCCCAACCUAGAUUUUGGCGCUAUAAUUCGCCUUGUUCAACACAAAAAUGUGAAAUCCUAUACCGUUUUCACAUCACAUCCUUCAGCAAAAACACAAAUCGAGGAAUCCACUCCAGGUCAAACAGUUUCCAUUCAACAGCAUAAUGGUCAAACCACGGUGCAAAUUGAGCUUUCUCCAAUCCAUCCAACACAAGACAUGGUGGUAUCUAUCUCUGCAAAAUUCUGUAAACAUCCUAUAUCAACAACAGCAGCACCAGCCACUUCAGCAACUGCAUCAACUCUACCAACCACUCGUCCACCAACUGCCUCCACUGCCAUGGCAACUACAGAACUUGUUCCAAGCCCAACAACCCCUCUUCAAUGGUUGUGUGCGCUGUCAGAAUCGAUGAAUGAUGAAUCUUUCCUCCCAGAUACAGCCAUCUCUCUCAAUCCCCCAGUUGGCAAUCCAGGAGACAUCAGACCAGAUGUUGGAUGGAUAACUAAUUCCAAUAAGAAUAGGACUAUCACCUUAGAUAUUGGCCCCAACCUAGAUUUUGGCGCUAUAAUUCGCCUUGUUCAACACAAAAAUGUGAAAUCCUAUACCGUUUUCACAUCACAUCCUUCAGCAAAAACACAAAUCGAGGAAUCCACUCCAGGUCAAACAGUUUCCAUUCAACAGCAUAAUGGUCAAACCACGGUGCAAAUUGAACUUUCUCCAAUCCAUCCAACACAAGACAUGGUGGUAUCUAUCUCUGCAAAAUUCUGUAAACAUCCUAUAUCAACAACAGCAGCACCAGCCACUUCAGCAACUGCAUCAACUCUACCAACCACUCGUCCACCAACUGCCUCCACUGCCAUGGCAACUACAGAACUUGUUCCAAGCCCAACAACCCCUCGUCAAUGGUCGUGUGCGCUGUCAGAAACGAUGAAUGAUGAAUCUUUCCUCCCAGAUACAGCCAUCUCUCUCAAUCCCCCAGUUGGCAAUCCAGGAGACAUCAGACCAGAUGUUGGAUGGAUAACUAAUUCCAAUAAGAAUAGGACUAUCACCUUAGUUAUUGGCCCCAACCUAGAUUUUGGCGCUAUAAUUCGCCUUGUUGAACACGACAAUGUGAAAUCCUAUACCGUUUCCAUAUUACAUCCUUCUGCAAAAACACAAAUCCAGGAAUCCUCACCAGAUCGACCAGUUGCCAUUCCACAACAUAAUAGUCAAACCAUGCUACAAAUUGAACUUUCCCCAACCGAUCCAACACGAGACAUGUUGGUAACUCUCUCUGCGAAACUCUGUAAACACCCUAUCUCAACAACAACGGCACCAGUCACCUCAGCAACUGCAUCAUCUCUACCAACCACUCAUCCACCAACUGCCUCCACUGCCAUGGCAACUACAGAACUUGUUCCAAGCCCAACAACCCCUCGUCAAUGGUCGUGUGCGCUGUCAGAAACGAUGAAUGAUGAAUCUUUCCUCCCAGAUACUGCCAUCUCUCUCAAUCCCCCAGUUGGCAAUCCAGGAGACAUCAGACCAGAUGUUGGAUGGAUAACUAAUUCCAAUAAGAAUAGGACUAUCACCUUAGAUAUUGGCCCCAACCUAAAUUUUGGCGCUAUAAUUCGCCUUGUUGAACACGACAAUGUGAAAUCCUAUACCGUUUUCAUAUUACAUCCUUCUGCAAAAACACAAAUCCAGGAAUCCUCUCCAGAUCGACCAGUUUCCAUUCCACAAGAUUACGGUCAAACAACGGUGCAAAUUGUACUGUCACCAGACGAUCCAACACAAGAUAUGUUGGUAACUCUCUCUGCAAAACUCUGUAAACACCCUAUCUCAACAACAACGGCACCAGUCACCUCAGCAACUGCACCAACUCUACCAACCACUCGUCCACGGUUCUGUAAUAUAUCAGAAGCGAUGGAUGAUGAAUCUUUCCUCCCAGAUACAGCCAUCUCUCUCAAUCCACCAGUUGGCAAUCCCGGUGACAUCAGACCAGACUUUGGAUGGCUAACUAAUUCCAAUAGCAAAAGGAUUAUCACAUUAGAUAUUGGCCCCAGCCUAGAUGACGGAGGUACAAUUCGCCUUAUUCGACACGACAAUGUGAAAUCCUUUACGGUUUUCAUUUCACGUCCAUCUGCAAAAAUGCAAAUCGAGACAUCCUCACCAGAUCGAACUAUACACAUUACACAACAUAAUGGUCAAACGACGGUGGAAAUUGAAAUUUUGCCAACCGAUCCAACAAAAGAUAUGUUGGUAACUCUCUCUGCAAAGCUCUGUAAACACCCUAUCUCAACAACAAUGGCACCAGUCACAUCAGCACCUACAUCAACUCUACCAACAACUACUCCACGGUUCUGUAAUAUAUCAGAAGCGAUGGAUGAUGAAUCUUUCCUCCCAGAUACAGCCAUCUCUCUCAAUCCACCAGUUGGCAAUCCCGGGGACAUCAGACCAGACUUUGGAUGGAUAACUAAUUCCAAUAGCAAAAGGAUUAUCACAUUAGAUAUUGGCCCCAGCCUAGAUGACGGAGGUACAAUUCGCCUUAUUCGACACGACAAUGUGAAAUCCUUUACGGUUUUCAUUUCACGUCCAUCUGCAAAAAUGCAAAUCGAGACAUCCUCACCAGAUCGAACUAUACACAUUACACAACAUAAUGGUCAAACGACGGUGGAAAUUGAAAUUUUGCCAACCGAUCCAACAAAAGAUAUGUUGGUAACUCUCUCUGCAAAGCUCUGUAAACACCCUAUCUCAACAACAAUGGCACCAGUCACAUCAGCACCUACAUCAACUCUACCAACAACUACUCCACGGUUCUGUAAUAUAUCAGAAGCGAUGGAUGAUGAAUCUUUCCUCCCAGAUACAGCCAUCUCUCUCAAUCCACCAGUUGGCAAUCCCGGUGACAUCAGACCAGACUUUGGAUGGCUAACUAAUUCCAAUAGCAAAAGGAUUAUCACAUUAGAUAUUGGCCCCAGCCUAGAUGACGGAGGUACAAUUCGCCUUAUUCGACACGACAAUGUGAAAUCCUUUACGGUUUUCAUUUCACGUCCAUCUGCAAAAAUGCAAAUCGAGACAUCCUCACCAGAUCGAACUAUACACAUUACACAACAUAAUGGUCAAACGACGGUGGAAAUUGAAAUUUUGCCAACCGACCCAACAAAAGAUAUGUUGACCCUAUCUCAACGACAAUGGCACCAGUCACAUCAGCACCUACAUCAACUCUACCAACAACUAUUCCACCUUACGUUCUCACUUGAUUCAUCUGUGCAAAUAUUUGUGAACGCUUAUUUCUUCAGCGAACUUCUCACACUUGACUACGUCGGAGCGUCGUUCACCUACGGAUGUUCACGGUUCUGUAAUAUAUCAGAAGCGAUGGAUGAUGAAUCUUUCCUCCCAGAUACAGCCAUCUCUCUCAAUCCACCAGUUGGCAAUCCCGGUGACAUCAGACCAGACUUUGGAUGGCUAACUAAUUCCAAUAGCAAAAGGAUUAUCACGUUAGAUGUUGGCCCCAGCCUAGAUGACGGAGCUACAAUUCGCCUUAUUCGACACGACAAUGUGAAAUCCAUUACGGUUUUCAUUUCACGUCCAUCCGCAAAAAUGCAAAUCGAGACAUCCUCACCAGAUCGAACUAUACACAUUACACAACAUAAUGGUCAAACGACGGUGGAAAUUGAAAUUUUGCCAACCGAUCCAACAAAAGAUAUGUUGGUAACUCUCUCUGCAAAGCUCUGUAAACACCCUAUCUCAACAACAAUGGCACCAGUCACAUCAGCACCUACAUCAACUCUACCAACAACUACUCCACGGUUCUGUAAUAUAUCAGAAGCGAUGGAUGAUGAAUCUUUCCUCCCAGAUACAGCCAUCUCUCUCAAUCCACCAGUUGGCAAUCCCGGUGACAUCAGACCAGACUUUGGAUGGCUAACUAAUUCCAAUAGCAAAAGGAUUAUCACAUUAGAUAUUGGCCCCAGCCUAGAUGACGGAGGUACAAUUCGCCUUAUUCGACACGACAAUGUGAAAUCCUUUACGGUUUUCAUUUCACGUCCAUCUGCAAAAAUGCAAAUCGAGACAUCCUCACCAGAUCGAACUAUACACAUUACACAACAUAAUGGUCAAACGACUGUGGAAAUUGAACUUUUGCCAACCGAUCCAACAAAAGAUAUGUUGGUAUCUCUCUCUGCAAAGCUCUGUAAACACCCUAUCUCAACAACAAUGGCACCAGUCACAUCAGCACCUACAUCAACUCUACCAACAACUACUCCACGGUUCUGUAAUAUAUCAGAAGCGAUGGAUGAUGAAUCUUUCCUCCCAGAUACAGCCAUCUCUCUCAAUCCACCAGUUGGCAAUCCCGGUGACAUCAGACCAGACUUUGGAUGGCUAACUAAUUCCAAUAGCAAAAGGAUUAUCACAUUAGAUAUUGGCCCCAGCCUAGAUGACGGAGGUACAAUUCGCCUUAUUCGACACGACAAUGUGAAAUCCUUUACGGUUUUCAUUUCACGUCCAUCUGCAAAAAUGCAAAUCGAGACAUCCUCACCAGAUCGAACUAUACACAUUACACAACAUAAUGGUCAAACGACGGUGGAAAUUGAACUUUUGCCAACCGAUCCAACAAAGGAUAUGUUGGUAACUCUCUCUGCAAAGCUCUGUAAACACCCUAUCUCAACAACAAUGGCACCAGUCACAUCAGCACCUACAUCAACUCUACCAACAACUACUCCACCACCGAACUUCUCACACUUGACUACGUCGGAGCGUCGUUCACGUACGGAUGUUCACGGUUCUGUAAUAUAUCAGAAGCGAUGGAUGAUGAAUCUUUUCCUCCCAGAUACAGCCAUCUCUCUCAAUCCACCAGUUGGCAAUCCCGGUGACAUCAGACCAGACUUUGGAUGGCUAACUAAUUCCAAUAGCAAAAGGAUUAUCACAUUAGAUAUUGGCCCCAGCCUAGAUGACGGAGGUACAAUUCGCCUUAUUCGACACGACAAUGUGAAAUCCUUUACGGUUUUCAUUUCACGUCCAUCUGCAAAAAUGCAAAUCGAGACAUCCUCACCAGAUCGAACUAUACACAUUACACAACAUAAUGGUCAAACGACGGUGGAAAUUGAACUUUUGCCAACCGAUCCAACAAAGGAUAUGUUGGUAACUCUCUCUGCAAAGCUCUGUAAACACCCUAUCUCAACAACAAUGGCACCAGUCACAUCAGCACCUACAUCAACUCUACCAACAACUACUCCACGGUUCUGUAAUAUAUCAGAAGCGAUGGAUGAUGAAUCUUUCCUCCCAGAUACAGCCAUCUCUCUCAAUCCACCAGUUGGCAAUCCCGGUGACAUCAGACCAGACUUUGGAUGGCUAACUAAUUCCAAUAGCAAAAGGAUUAUCACAUUAGAUAUUGGCCCCAGCCUAGAUGACGGAGGUACAAUUCGCCUUAUUCGACACGACAAUGUGAAAUCCUUUACGGUUUUCAUUUCACGUCCAUCUGCAAAAAUGCAAAUCGAGACAUCCUCACCAGAUCGAACUAUACACAUUACACAACAUAAUGGUCAAACGACUGUGGAAAUUGAACUUUUGCCAACCGAUCCAACAAAAGAUAUGUUGGUAUCUCUCUCUGCAAAGCUCUGUAAACACCCUAUCUCAACAACAAUGGCACCAGUCACAUCAGCACCUACAUCAACUCUACCAACAACUACUCCACGGUUCUGUAAUAUAUCAGAAGCGAUGGAUGAUGAAUCUUUCCUCCCAGAUACAGCCAUCUCUCUCAAUCCACCAGUUGGCAAUCCCGGUGACAUCAGACCAGACUUUGGAUGGCUAACUAAUUCCAAUAGCAAAAGGAUUAUCACAUUAGAUAUUGGCCCCAGCCUAGAUGACGGAGGUACAAUUCGCCUUAUUCGACACGACAAUGUGAAAUCCUUUACGGUUUUCAUUUCACGUCCAUCUGCAAAAAUGCAAAUCGAGACAUCCUCACCAGAUCGAACUAUACACAUUACACAACAUAAUGGUCAAACGACGGUGGAAAUUGAACUUUUGCCAACCGAUCCAACAAAGGAUAUGUUGGUAACUCUCUCUGCAAAGCUCUGUAAACACCCUAUCUCAACAACAAUGGCACCAGUCACAUCAGCACCUACAUCAACUCUACCAACAACUACUCCACGGUUCUGUAAUAUAUCAGAAGCGAUGGAUGAUGAAUCUUUCCUCCCAGAUACAGCCAUCUCUCUCAAUCCACCAGUUGGCAAUCCCGGUGACAUCAGACCAGACUUUGGAUGGCUAACUAAUUCCAAUAGCAAAAGGAUUAUCACAUUAGAUAUUGGCCCCAGCCUAGAUGACGGAGGUACAAUUCGCCUUAUUCGACACGACAAUGUGAAAUCCUUUACGGUUUUCAUUUCACGUCCAUCUGCAAAAAUGCAAAUCGAGACAUCCUCACCAGAUCGAACUAUACACAUUACACAACAUAAUGGUCAAACGACGGUGGAAAUUGAACUUUUGCCAACCGAUCCAACAAAGGAUAUGUUGGUAACUCUCUCUGCAAAGCUCUGUAAACACCCUAUCUCAACAACAAUGGCACCAGUCACAUCAGCACCUACAUCAACUCUACCAACAACUACUCCACGGUUCUGUAAUAUAUCAGAAGCGAUGGAUGAUGAAUCUUUCCUCCCAGAUACAGCCAUCUCUCUCAAUCCACCAGUUGGCAAUCCCGGUGACAUCAGACCAGACUUGGAUGGCUAACUAAUUCCAAUAGCAAAAGGAUUAUCACAUUAGAUAUUGGCCCCAGCCUAGAUGACGGAGGUACAAUUCGCCUUAUUCGACACGACAAUGUGAAAUCCUUUACGGUUUUCAUUUCACGUCCAUCUGCAAAAAUGCAAAUCGAGACAUCCUCACCAGAUCGAACUAUACACAU